UUCCCCACCUUCCUCUCCCCUCGGUCCUCCCCUUUCCCCUUUCCCCUUCCCCUCCAACGCCGUGGGGCGGAUCUACCCGCCGCCGCCGCCGGAUUCCCUUCUCCAGCCACUCGGUGACCUCCGCCGCCGACGCCGACCCCACCCCGUCCCGGUCUUUGCCCGGCCACCAGGUCCCCUCCCCCCCUUCGAGAUUUUGAAGUAAGGAGAGAAGUCCAACCAACCAUGGGGAAGCGAAAGGCGGCCGCCAAGCCACCCCCUAGGAAGAGGAUGGACAAGCUCGAUACGGUCUUCUCCUGCCCAUUCUGCAACCACGGGAGCAGCGUUGAAUGCCGGAUUGAUAUGAAGAAUCUGAUUGGUGAGGCUAAUUGUCAAAUCUGCCAGGAAAGCUUCAGCACCACUGCAAAUGCGCUGACUGAAGCUAUUGAUAUAUACAGCGAAUGGAUUGAUGAGUGUGAGCGCGUCAACACUGUCGAAGAUGAUGAUGGUGCAUGAGCAUGUGUGGUUAUAAUACUCUACGAACUCAAUGCGUUGAUGUCAUUUACUGCCACCAUUAGCCAUGUCUGUAGUAGCAUUGUAAGGGUGUACUGGUCGAUGGAAACGUUAAUAGGCAGUUUAUCCUGCGCUUGAUACACAACCGAUGAUAUUGUGUACUUGUCUUUAAGCCCUGGUAUAGCGGUUGAGAUUACACCAAAUCUCAGUACCCGCGAAGAAUUUGUACUUAUGACAUGUUUGAUAUAGUCCUUCAUGGAAGCUGUUGUGUGAA